AGAGGCCGGAGAGCUGCCGCCAUUGCUGCCGCUCGCUUUCACCCACCCCCACCACCUCUACCACUCGGGGAAUAGAGAGAGAUCGGAGAAAAAGAAAAAAAUAUUUUUACCUUUAGUCAUGUCACCUCUCGCCUCACCGUGUCCCUGUCCUCCCUUUCACCUAAAAGCCCUAACAGUGCCGCCUCUGCCGCGCCACUUUCUCUCUCCGGCUGUUGCUGUUCCUUCCCUCUGUUCCAUCUCCCAGUGGCUCCGCAGAUCUCCCCUUUUUAGGCCAAACAAUCCAUCCACCACCGCCCCCCGGCCCUCCUAAAAAUAGUAGCCGGCGGCAUGCAGAUGCGAUUCCCCGCACCUUCUUCUUCCCGCUCCUGAUCGAUGAAGCUCCUCAGAUCAAUGGGCCUAUGAGACGACGAGCAACGGCAGCAGUCAGCAACCAACCCCCACUGCUACCACUCCAGCUGAGCAAGGCUUCAGCUCCAACUUAAGAUCCUGCUGCUGGAAUCUUCCCCACCGCUCCGACGCGGCCUCCGCCACGGCCGCCGCCGCCGCCGCCCCCGCCGCAAGAAGCAUCGCCACGAAAGAUUAAUUGAUGGACCUGUCCCCGAACCCCGAGAGCCCGGGCGGCGGUGAUGGCGGCGGCGCCGGCGGAUCGAGCAGCGGGGCGUCCUCGUCGGCGGGCGGCGGCGCGCCGCAGACGCCGAGCCGGUACGAGGCGCAGAAGCGGCGGGACUGGAACACGUUCGGGCAGUACCUGCGGAACCACCGGCCGCCGCUGAGCCUGGCGCAGUGCAGCGGCGCGCACGUGCUGGAGUUCCUGCGCUACCUGGACCAGUUCGGCAAGACCAAGGUGCACACGGCGGCGUGCCCCUUCUUCGGGCACCCGAACCCGCCGGCGCCGUGCCCCUGCCCGCUACGCCAGGCGUGGGGCAGCCUGGACGCGCUGGUGGGCCGCCUCCGCGCCGCCUUCGAGGAGAACGGCGGCCGGCCCGAGUCCAACCCCUUCGCGGCGCGCGCCGUCCGCCUCUACCUCCGCGAGGUCCGCGAGCACCAGGCCCGCGCGCGCGGCGUCAGCUACGAGAAGAAGAAGCGCAAGAAGCCGCCGCACCCGCCGGCCGAUCACGCCGGCGGCAGCGGAGGCCACCCGCCGCCCCCGCCCCCGCCCCCGCCGGCCGCCGGCGCGGCGUGCUGAGGACCACCACACCCCCACCAGGCUCCAGUACGACGACGUACGUACGCGCCCAUUUGGUAUGCCGGACUGAGCAUAUUUUAUGUAGGUUUCGAUCGAUUUGCUUGUGCAUGCAUGCAUGGUUUACUUGCUAGCUAGCUAGCAUUUUGCUCGCGAUGCUUGCUAUUCGCCUUCCUCGAUCAGGCUCCGCCGAUCGUGCGCCCCCGCUACAUUGUUAUUUGGCUCCUGCUCCUCCCUCAAUCAACUACUAGCUUCAAUUAUAUUCCUAGCUACCGCUUAAUUUUCGUGUCAAGCAGUUCAAUCUGCUGUGGGUGGAAGGAAAUCAAUGGAUCAUCAAUGAAUUAAUGCCUUUGGCUUGGGUUACUUUCA